CGGCUGGGGAGGGACGCGGGGCGGGGUUAGAGGGGGAAGUCCCGCCUUAGCCUCUCGGGCUGCGGGCGGUGUAGCCUCUCUGCUAGAGAGACAGGAUCCCAGGGCAGUGAGGCCCGCUCGCUGAGGCUGAGCUUCACACCCUGCCAGCCGAGUUUCCUGCUUAAGUGGCACGCGGUUCUGGAAGUGUACUCUCAAGGUGUAGUUGCAGUGUCUUUCAGACUCCAGUUUGUUCCUCCAGCUCAUGCAGAUGCUUAAGGUCCAGCUGAUUUCUCUUCAUCUCUGCAAAGUUCCUGCACCAUGGCAGACCAACAGUUCCCUCAAUGGAUGGUUAAAGAUCACUGCCGGAAAAUGCAUAAACCUCCAGUGAACAUUGAAGAAUUCUUAAAGUUUCAAAAUUGGGAUUAUUGGCCAAGGGAAAUCUAUUUUGGAGACAGUGAUAAAUGGUUACACACUGUAAAGAAAAUGAAAGAAGAUAGUUCAUUUACGUCAAUUUAUACACAUCUGUGGGGAACUGUCCCUCGAAUACAUGAUGCAAUCAUUACCAUGGAGUCAAGAUUAGGGGAAUGUUCAAUUCUUUUGAAAAACCAUGCCUCUAAAAUAUUUGAGUGGAACAGCAUAAUUUCUGAGACAAGUUCUAAAAGAAAAUUGGAAAGAUACAAGGCAUUUCUAAGGAAGCACCAUAAGAGAAAGAAGAUAAUGCUUUCAGAUGAAAUGGAGACGAAGAAGACUGUAGAGGGUUGCAGCUUCUCAGGAUUCAAAACAAAUGAACUUACUCAACUACCCAGACAUUUGGAUGCUGAACAAAUUUAUCUUUUUAUUUUAAAAACCCAGAAGUUUGAUGAAAAAGUUUUUAAAAUCUGGAAGACCCAUUUUCUCUCAGAAGCUUCUAUUGCUCUUUUACAUGAUUCAUUUUGGUGGUGGUUUCUGCAUAAAUUUAAGCCUGACAGAGAAAAUCAAGAUUCCUUGUUUGAUAGAAUUUCAGAAAGUUAUGUGGUGCUUUUCAUGAGCAUCCCUGCAAGUCGAAAGGAUACAUUCCUUCAGGUGUAUCCUGAUUGUUUGGCACAAGCUAUCUAUGCAACAUUCCAGGAAGCAUUUCCAGAAUCCGGUAAUAUUUUUAAUGAUGAAUUUAAAGAAGAUCUAGGAAAUAAUAUUUUUCUUUGGCUGUCAGGUUUAAAACCUCCAAAAGGCUUUUGGACCCACUGGAAACUCAAAGAACUCUCCACAACAACCAUACAUGGUACUAAGAAAGCACCUUCAAAAUCUUUAAAGGACAGAAUUGAAAGGAGUCAAGAACGCAUAACGGCUGUCUGAGGGAGGCCAGCUACCAUGUCACCAGGACACCGAGGAAGCCUAUAGAAAGGCCCUCAUAGUGAGGAGGCGUGCUGGCCCACAGCGUGCUGUGAACCUGAGGCCUUCCAACUGCCAUGGGAGAGAGAUUGCAGCAGAGCCUUCAGCCCUAGUCAAGCCUUGAGAAGAUCGCUGCCCCAGCUCACAGCUUAACUGGACCCCCAAGAGAGACCCUAAGCUAGAACCACUCAGCUCAGCUGCAUUCAGAUUCAUGACAUUCUGACACUGUGAGAUAAAUAAAUAUUGUACUUUGGCUAACAUUUUAUAAUUAAAACCUAUUCAAGCAAUCUGCUCUAACCCCUUUAAAACAACAACAACUGGGGCCCAGUAUAGUUAGGAACUUGCCUAAGGUCAUUUAAUUAAUUAAUUAAUUCCUGGAAGGAAAAGGAUUAAAGCCCGGGUUCCAUAAUACCUAAUACAGUAUUAUUUUCAUGUCCCCAUACUGCCACUUACUUUCUAUUCAAUCCAGUCUGCUCCUAGGUGGUAAAUAAUAUGUAUUAAUGUUUAUACUAAAACAAAAUUAUUGGUAUGAUAAACUAAGACUGAUAAGUCAUAGAUGAAUUGUUCAAGCCUACUUUGCUGCCCUUUCUCUUCUCCAAUGGACAAUCUAGUUCAUUCAUAAACUCCUAUCACAAAAAGUUGAUAGAGAAAAGUAAUGGAUAUUAAUUAACAUGUGCUAACUUUGCUGCUUGUGGGUGGUUGUGGUGAGAUUUUUUGGUAAGAAUAGAAGUUAAAUUUUCUGAUAAAAAUUUUCAGUUAACAAUAGAUAUUAAACAUCCAGGUCAUUUUUGUGAAUAAUGAAAAUAACUAUUUUUUUAGUUACUGCUUCUACAUCCUUCUUCAAUGACUCCUUAUUACCUGUAGCAUAAAGUUCAUGUUCCCUAAAAUGGAAAAUAACUUUCCAAGAAUGAGACUUCACUACAUGCCCAUCUCUCCCUGCUUCCUACCUUGAAGGGUAUACUUCAGAAACACUAAUUCCCAUACGUACGUACCUCCUGAUACGCCACUCAGCUUUUCCUCAUGUGCUAUUUUCCAGGAGGGGAUGCUCUUGCUGGGUUCCCUUGCCCAUUCCCUACCCACUUCUCUAGCCCGGUUCACUACCACUAGCUCUUUAAGAUCAAGGUCAAACAUCAUGUCCUUUAAGAUUCUUGCUUUGUCUCUCCCAGGUUAUGUUACCUGCCCUCCACCAUGGUCCCUCCUUGAACAUAUUUUUAUCACAUACUUACCAUAUUCCAUUAAAAUUGAGUUUUUGGUGUUGAUCUCCCAAAUAGGCUGAAAUUUUUCAAAUAGUAGGUCUCCACCUAUACAUCUAUGUAUCCACACAGCAUACAAUACAUGGUCAGUCAAUAUUGCAAUAAAUAGUAUUCUAGAUGCUGAAAACAGCCACUGCAACUUUGAGGAUAAAAACAUUGUAAGAUAUUUUUAAGAUAUUGGGAAAAAAAACCUAAGUUUAGUCGGGUCACAAAUAAUGUAUAUGUCUAGUUUUCAAAGAUAUCUGAUUUUUCAAAGAAAAAACCCAAAUAUUAAAAAGAUAGAAUUCCAGAUAUACUGUCUUUGCAACAACUCAUUUUUAUCCCUCCUCCUUUUUUUUUUUUUAACCUUUUUUUUUAUUGGGCAAAGUCCUAAAAGGAUUAGAAAUAAAUUGAGAACAUAGCAAUCAUGGACAAAAGAAAGAACCAAUUUGCUAGUAAGCUAUUUCUCUUUCAACCUAUCCUGCAGAAGUGCUUGUUAGAACAAAGUCUCUGCUGUUUCUUUUAUUUAUUUUUCUAUUUGCUCUGUUUGGAUUUAGUGGCCUUUAGAGAGGGAAACUAUCUGGCCAUACUCCUAAAAUUCUCUGACUUAUUCUCUGAAAUGUAAUUGUAUAUAUGUAUCUAUUCUAUAAUAAUUAUGCAGAUGCUAAUGAACAGAAGCAUAAAUAUUUUAAUAAAUGUCAGAAAUGUGUUUAAAAUGCAACCAAAUUAAAUUUUGUAGCAUCUUUAGUAAUUUGUAUGCAAAAUAAACUGAAAGUUUCUAUGCCAACUCAGGGGAAGACAUGUGGAGAUGUUUUGUACAAGGAACGUUGGAAUAGAGUUUUUAUUUAAUAAUAGGAAAAUAAUGCCAAGUACUCAUUAGGUCAUUUUAUAGAGAAGAAAAUUUCAGCUGUUUAUAGUUCUUCAUAUGCAAAUUAUCCCACUGCAUGGUUCAAAUUCAUAUGUAAGGUUUUGCUAACAAUAGUGACUGUAUAGUGAUACAUGUAAUGAAAACCGAAACUAUGCUUUGUAGUUAAGCCUCCUUGGUCCAUAUUUCAACUCCAACAGUUACUAACCAUGGAACCUAGAGUAAGUUACCCAACUUUGUGACCUGAAGUUGCCCCAUCUGCAAAAUGAACACAACUCUGCCAGCUUUAUAAGUCUUCCAUGAAGCUUAAAUUAGGUACUAUGCAAAAAGUGUUUAGCACAGUGCCAGGCACAUGGUAACCCCUCAGUAGGUUUCUUUCUUUCAUUGCAGAAAAAAAAAAUGUUAUUGAAAAACGCCUUGCUUUUUCCCCUUUAAAGUUUCUUAGUAACUUGUGUUGGCUCUAAGGAGACUGGAAGGUUUGAAUCAGUAUUUUGAACAUGAACUUUUUGCUCUUUAAUAUUUAGUGAUCUUAGUCACAGAGUGAACUUACCAAGCCUGCUAUUUAAUAUCUGCUCUCUGUGAGUUAACUGACUACCCAAGAUCUUCCAGAAAACAAUCCAGUCAUUGCACAUAGAGGAUUUGGUAUGAUCAUUUCAAUCACCAGCUAAUUUUUUAACACUAAUCUUUCUUAAUUAAAAUGAACAAAACCCGGGGCACCUGGGUGGCUGUCUUCAGCUCAGGUCACGAUCUUGUGGUUUGUGAGUUUGAGCCCCGAGCCCCAAGCUCCUGUCAGUACGUCGG